GUGAACAUGGUUGAUGCUCUUACCGUGUCAUGUCACAGCAAAAUGAUGUCGAUGUUGAAGUUGAUGAUGAAAGAAAGUGUCAAAGUGGUGGGUGUUGACAGUGAUAGCCAGCCUGUCAUCAAAGGGUUAGGGUUAUACAUCACCCCUCCAAUCUUACCCCCUCCCCCCACCCACCACCGCCAAAGAUAUCUCUUGGCAUCCUCACCACCAUAAAGCCAUCUCACCACCAUAAACACAACCUCAACACCAUAAACCCAUCCCACCACCAUAACCACAACCUCAUCCAACCCUCAAGAUGACCCCCUUCCCCGUCCUCGUCCACUCCUACCCCACCACCCCAACCAAAACCCUCCCCCUCUACGAACACCCCUCCCCCUCCCCCUCCCCCCCAAACGCCCUCAUCUUCCUCGGCGGCCUAGGCGACGGGCCCCACACAGUCCCCUACCCCCUCACCCUCUCCCACUCCCUCCCCCCAACCCUAGGCUUCUCCCUCUUCCAAGCCCGUCUCACCUCCUCCUUCUCCGCCUUCGGGUACUCCUCCCUCUCUCAAGACUGCGCCGAAAUCUCGUCUUUAGUCCGCUACCUCCGCUCUGAGCUCAAGAAACAGACGAUCGUGCUGAUGGGCCAUUCCACCGGUUGCCAGGAUUGCAUGUUCUACUGCACCAAACUGGGAGAACUAGAGCCGGAGGAGAAGGUUGAUGGGAUUGUCCUCCAAGGCCCCGUGAGCGACAGGGAGGCGUUGGUGAUGAGCUGUUGCCCGGCACAGUUGGAGAACAGUAUCGCGGUCGCGAAAAAGAUGGCAGAGGAGGGGAAAGGGGAGCAUGUAAUCGAUCUAGACGACAUGCCUGACGGUUGGAAGGGGAGUCCAGUUACUGCUUAUCGGUGGUUAUCCCUUGCUACGAAGGGGGGAGACGACGACUUUUUCAGCUCCGACUUCUCCGACGAGGAGCUCAAGACCAUCUGGGGAGAGCUGGAAACACCGGUGUUGAUCCUGCCCUCAGAAAAGGACGAGUGGGUGCCCUUCAAGCCGGCACAAGUCCAAAGCACGGUUCAAAAAUGGGCGAGCUUUUGCAAGCCGGGGGUUGUGAGUGAGUUCAGCGGGUUGAUCCCGGGGGCGAAUCACCGGGUUGAUAACACGGAGGGGGAAAAGUGGUUGGUGGAGAGGGUUGGGAAGUUUUUGGGGUCGUUGUAA